AUCAAGCAUUCCAGAGAGCCGUGUAAUAAGAGAUGUAUACCGUUCACUUGCCGGUGAUUUUAGCGUGGAACUUACUAUGGCAAAUCAUGAAACCUUUCAAAUGGAUUCUAUAAGAAAAUCGUUGAAGCAUUACAUCUGUUUUUGCAUCCUCUAAAAAUAAAUUGCUUUCACGACACCAGUAAAAAAAAAAAAGAUUACAUUUACUAUCCUGUAAUUUGUGUUUAUGAUCUGUACCGUUUUAUUCUACUAUACGUACUAGAAAAGUUUCGAAAACUAAACGUAUACGUGAAAUUCGAAGGAUAUUUUCUGAUUUUAGCAGCAUUUUUAGCAAUGUAAAACGCUUUGCAACUUAAAUAUCUCUAUUUUUUACUAACUCGGACACAAACCUUCUGUAAUACUUGCAGAACGAUGAAACAAUCCGAAAUUAAUGUUCUAGGGUUCCGUAUAUUUGCAGAAAAGCUAAUAAAUCUAGACUAGAGGAAGGUAUUAAAACAAAACUUAAGGUGCACGUAUAUGCUGUGUGGUACGGUAAGGACAGGACAACGAGAAUUAGCCGGAAGUAGCUCCCUGAAAGCUGUAGGUGUGCAGUGGCACAAGUAAAGCGUGGCAUGACGCAUCCAUCAAGGUCUUCUGAGUCUGGGGCGCAGCUGCUUGCCAGACUCGAAGGAAAACGACGCCUGAAGGGGUUAGAUUUUCACCUUUUUCCUGAUGACUGUAGUCCAGCUCAGGGAGAUGUGGUCGAGUUCCACGGUAUGGAAGGAACAGGCAAGACAGAGACCUUGUACCACCUGGUGACCUCUUGCAUCCUCCCAGGGGAGUUUGGUGGCCUGGAGGUGGAAGUGAUGUACGUGGACACUGACUACCACUUUGACAUUCUGCGCCUGGUGUCCAUCCUGGAGCACCGGCUGCCCCAGGGCUCAGAGGAGAUGCUGCGAGCAUGCCUGUGCCGCAUAUCGGUAGUCCACUGCUCCAGCAGCCUCCAGCUACUGCUCACGCUGCACCAUGUGGAGGGCACACUCCCCGGCCGGCCCUCCCUGAGCCUCCUGGUCAUCGAUAGCAUCUCCGCCUUCUACUGGGUGGAUAAAUACAAUGGGGGGGACAGCAUGGCCCGCCAGGAGGCCAAUCUCCGGAGGAUCGCCGAACUCCUGGAGAAAAUCGUGAAGGAGCACCACAUUGCAGUGUUUGCCACCACUCAUGCCAUCAUGAGGAGUAACUCUGCAGAGGAGGUGGCUGAGGUCGGCGGGACUUCCUGGAAACGCCGCACAGUCGCCCCCAGCGACUUCACUAAGGUCUACCUGUGCAGGCCCUGGCAGAGGAUAGUUACGCACAGGGUGCUGUUUUCGAAAGCGAACAUGACAAAGGACAGGAAGCAGGUGUUCACUGCAGUGUCCUCCAGCGGCAGGACGAACAGCACAAAGCGAUCUUCGUUUUGCAUGACCAAUGCGGGGAUCCAGUUCCUCUGAUGCCACCUUCACUCUGUGUGAUCGAUGGAUGUCUGUGUCAGAUGCCUGAUGUCCAGUGUUUCUCAACCCAGUCCUCGGGGACCCUCAGAUAGCCCACAUUUUCACUCUUUCCCAGGUCCUAAUACACUAACACACCUGAACCAGGUAUUUGGUGUUCUUCAUUGGCUGGGAGCUGGGAGGGACAAAAAAAAAUGUGGACUGGCUAGGGGUCCCUGCGGAUUGGGUUGGGAAACUGCUGUAGCAACAUUUUUGGUUCAGUGUUUUUUUUUUUUUUAUUUACAAACAUGUUAAUGCUUAUUUUUUUAACUAUUAUUUGUUUAAAUUGAUAGCUGAAUGCUGUAGGACAGACUGGGUGAAGCAGAGAACAUUUGAGGACCUAAAUAUGUAAAAUAAAUGGAAAUGAUCCCUGUUA